AUGAAGACGUUAAACAAGUUGAGCAAGAAAGAGGAUAAUUACAACGGCUUCGUUUCCAAGUUGGGUCUUUACGAGGAAAAGAGGCAGCAACUGCAGGCCAUGAGGAAGGAGGAGUACAACAAGUUCAUUGCGCAGAAGGAAUCGAAAUCCCCAAACAACAACAACAACACAACUACCAACAACAACAAUAUGAUUAACAACAAGAACAACCUCAGCAACAUCAACAACAACAUCAACAACAACUUCAAUAACAACAAUAACAACAGAGCACGAGCGGGGGAUCUACUUUCAAACGAGACUGCCACAAGAUCAUCAUCAUCAUCGAGACCAACAUAUGAAGAUAUACUGCAGAGGAAAAGAUUGGAGGAACAGAACUACAGACAAAACUCCAACUUGAACCUUCUUGACGCCUCCACAACAGCCGCCUACCCCACCAUCAACAGCAACAACAGUAACAACAACAGCAACAACAACAACAAAAUGAUAAGUAACGUGAAUAACGUGCCUACUCAGGAACCAAUCAAACCAGACCUCAUCAGACACGAUCCCAUCAACAUCGCCUCGCCAUCCAAGGUUGUUGUUCAUCCUUCACAAACAGCAACAACUGCCACACAUCCCAACAAGUUUGCUGCAACUGAGCCCGCCACUUUGAUGAUAGGGAAGGAGUUGUCGGCAGAGGAGAACUAUAGAAAGAAGGAGCAAUACAGAUUGGAAUUGUUCAAACAGAUGAAAGAGAAACAACAAAACAAGUUGAAUCGUGAGAAUGCACCGCAAGUUGCGCAACAAAACUUCCACGACAACGAUGUUGCCAAAAAUAACAAUUUGAACAACAAAAAUAACAACAACAGUUACAACAACGUUGAUUUUUCAACAAAGCCGAAUGAUAUUAACGCAACACCAUACAACAAUUUUGACAGCAUCAACAACAACAACAACAAGACUUUAUUGGAGAACAACUUUCAUUACAUAAACAGAUUUAACGCGAACAACAUCAACAACAACAACAAUCCGUUGAGUGAACAGGCACUUCAGCAACAACUUCAGCUCAUGAAUCUAUACAGAAUGUACAACAACAACAACAACAAUCCCAACAACAUCAAUUUCCACAACAACAACAUUCCUUCAACUUUAUACAGCAACCCGAUACCUUU